GCGGGGCCGAGCCGGGCCAUGGCGGCGGCCAGGGACCUGUACGUGUCAUCUUAUAUACCUUACACAUGUGUAUGCCCACGAAGCAGGAUACAUGAACUUGCAGAACCCAAGCCAGUACUUUGUGAAAGCAGUCCCACGCUUGUAUGGGGAAACCAAGAGACAAUAUGGACCCUCUCAGGGGGUGCUAUGACAGCUCGACCAUCUGCAAGAGUAUUGUACCUGUCCAAGCCCAAGAAAGAUUUUAGCAAGUACCAGCACAGAGCAGUAAUCGGUGGGCAUGCCCUGCUAACCAAGUUUGGCUACCCUUCUGAACGGCUGCUGAGGUUGGCUGAACCUAAAAAAUACCUGCCUGCUUUCCUGGAGAAAAGAGCCCGUGAGUCCCCUGAGUGGCCUGUGUCCCUGGCUGCACAGAACUAUAAUGCCUCCCAGCGGAUACUGGAGCUUGCCCGGCCAAAGGGGCUGCACCCAGACUUCAUGCCGCCCAGAGAGGUUUCCAGGUCAUCUCAGAAGGUAGUUGCAAGCCCUCGGACCAUUGAGCUGGCUAAGCCAAAACAAGUCCACUCUAACUUCAAGCUCCCACGGGAUCCUGAGUGGCCCGUGACAGAGGCUGCCAAGCGCGCAGUGGCUACACCAAGGAUUCUGGAGCUGGCCCAGCCUGCCUCAAGAGCUCGUAUGGGCUUGACUGCCUUCAACCCAGAUGCAUUCAGAGUGAAGAAGAGUGCUUUGAAGGCUGUUUGUUCUCAGCGGCUCCAAGAACUAGCUCAACCAGUUCGGCGUUAAGCUCCCUCAGAAAUGUUCCUGCCAUCUGCCCACAUCACCCCUUGGAACAUCACUCUCUCUGAGCUGUGCUGUGGCUGGAAAACCACCUUGAACACAGCGCAGAGGCAGCACUCAGCAGGAACACUUUCAAAUAAAAUCAUUCCUUAAGAAUAGGCAUCAGGGAAAAUUAACAGAAUUCAACCUAAUGUGGGAAGACUCUCUCCCUAGGAUGGGUUAUGUUGGGAGUUUCUGUCUUGAUUGUUUUGCCAUAAUAGUUUAAGAAAUAAUGAAACGGCUUCUGGGGGAAGGCAGCACAGGAGCUGUCCUUUCAUGCAGGGAAGUGUGGCAAACCAAACACAAGAAGACGCAGUAAGUGGAUGCAACGCAACUCCUAAAUUAUGGUUUAAAAUUUUUUGCUAAAAUUUAAACAUCUUCUUACUGACACUUGAAAGUUUUGUGCUCAUGACAGAAGUAGAGAUACGAAAAGCUACAAUGUUUGUUGAGUUGGCUUGGAUUUGGGGCCAUUUCUCAAAUGCCUGGAGAACAGGCAGAUCCAGUUACAUAGGUGGUUCAGAUACUCCGUUGUGUGAUCCUGGGCAAAAUAAGAGAAUUCCACACUGGGAUUUUUGGAGCCUAACUCAAAAAAGCAGAGUUCCCCUCAGUGUAAGAGAGAAGGCAAGUUACAAAGAAACCAGAAAACAAGUAUCGAUUCCAGAGUCUGUAGAGCAAAUUCUGAGCUCCAGUCGGGUCUGUGGGUGAGUCAGUUUGGCAGUUGGAUUGCAGGGGAACAACACAGCCUGUGCAGGGCAUGACAUAAGGCAUGACAGCUUUUAUCUGCUUCCUACAAGGUCAGUGUGUUUUGCACUGGCUGCCCAACCACUGGCGACAGGCUGGAGAUACUGAGACGAGAGAUGCUCACCAGUAAGGGACAAAAGCCACAAAUGAAAGCAUAUGGCAGUUUCGGAACCAAUGCAUUUUAAU